AUGAAGAGAGGCCGUGGAGGUUCCGGAGGCAACAAGCUUCGCGUCACUCUCGGUUUGCCCGUAGGGGCCCUUAUUAACUGCUGCGAUAACAGCGGCGGUAAAAAUUUGUAUCUUAUUGCCGUAAAGGGAUUCGGAGCCUGUUUGAAUAGACUUCCUUCCGCCUCUGUGGGCGACAUGGUUUUGGCUACCGUCAAGAAGGGUAAACCCGACCUGAGGAAGAAGGUUCUCCCUGCUGUCAUUGUUCGUCAGAGAAAGGCCUGGAGGCGCAGGGAGGGCUACUUCAUAUACUUCGAGGACAACGCAGGCGUUAUAGUUAACCCUAAGGGGGAGAUGAAGGGAUCCGCAAUCACUGGUCCCGUCGCUAAGGAGUGCGCCGAAUUGUGGCCAAAAAUAUCCGCAUCUGCUCCCUCCAUAGUCUAA